AUGGUAGCUAAGAACAACAGUGUUAAGCGAUGCUGCCGAAGGCUUGGGGAAGUUUACCAAUUAAAAAGGUUUCCUGUAUGUGAUGGCAAAGGGGACAUAAGCGGAUGCAAUAUUAGGUUACUGAAAGACUUGAACAAACUAAAGGGGUACUUGUCAGUAGAACGUUUGGAAGGGGGAAGGGUGAAAGUAAUUGAUGCAAAAGACGCACAUCUUAAGGAGAAGCACGAGCUAAUUGGUGUGGAAUUAGACUUCAAGGUGGGAAAAAAUGACAUAGUGGGCAGUGCUUUGGAACAGAAGGGUUUGCUGGAGGCUUUGGAACCUCCACAUGGCAUAGAGAGCUUGGCAAUUUGUGAUUAUAAAGGUGAAAGGCCUGUGUGGUAUUUGGACACCAACUAUGUGGACUUGCAGACAUUACGGCUGCAAUGUUUCUCAUUGUGGGCAACAGUGAUAGGAAUUAAAUCAUUGGAGAAGCUAGAGGUCAACACCUGCCCUACACUGUGCGAAUUGCCGAGCAUGCCUAUGCUAAAGUCCUUGAAAAUUCGGAGCUAUGAUGGACUCAACACGAUUGGUGACUUGCCCAACUUGGACUGGUUGCAGGUGGAAGGAUGUGGCAGCCUAGAAAAAUUUUCUCAUGGCAUGCCUGCUCUCAAGUGGUUGGAUGUGUAUGGAUGUUAUAAGUUAAAGACUCUCGCUAACAUGCCUGUCUUGAAGUGGUUGGAGGUGAGAUAUUGUGAGAGGUUAGAGCAAGUAGCUGAUGUUCACAUGCCAGAUUUAAAGAGGCUGUGGUUGUCUAAUCUGAACACUCUGAAGCAGCUCCCUGCUCACCUUCCUUCACUUGAGGAUCUGAGAGCAUGGAAUUUGCCCAACUGGGAAGGAUGGCCAGCAGCUGGAUCAAGGGAAUUAGCAACAGAAACUUUUAUGCAUGCUUAA